AUGGAUGGCGACAGGAAGGAUAGAGUAGAUGAAAGUACAUGGCAUAAUGAUGCAACGCACAGCAAGCAGGGUAUGCAGUCUACAAGAUAUGGCCACAAAGCUCCAAGGAGAAUCAGUGAUCCAAUUAAAAGGAUUCAAAAGCACAAAACUGUUCAAGAAAGGGUGCAGGCAAAAAGAAAGUCGGAGAAAAGAUACCAGACGCAAUUCACGGACAAAGGCAUAGAAAAGGCUAAACUCACCUUAAAGGGUGCAGAACUGGAAACAUUCUUGCAAAAGGCUAAACAUUAUAGAGAAGUCAAGCGGAAAGCUUCUGACAAAAUCACGGAGAAGAGAAGGAAAGCAGCCUAUCUGGCCAGCAAGCCACAAACUCCAAGCAAAUUUAAGGAUAGCCCCGCAGGUCCACGGGAUCGAGCUGCAAAUCAAAUUCCAAGCAAAUCAAAGAAUAGCCCCGCAGGUUCACGGGAUCGAGCUGCAAACUUACGUGCUGCAAAUGAGGCAGCAAUGUCACAAUUAUCAGCAAGACCUAGAUUUAUGCAAAAAGUAAACGAAGCCGCCUCUUCUGGCACUGAUAAAGGUAAAGUAUGA